AUGUCCUCGGAACUCAUUGAUAAGAUCCAACAACAUACCAAAUCGAAUGUGACAAAAAAUUUCGUGAGAACGGUCGAAAAUCUUGCCAAGGUGCACCAUCUAGAUGCGAAUAAGUUUGCAAGUGCAUGCAUGGCACUGGGCAAAUUUAAAGGACAGGAUGAGUUUUUAAAGCAACUACACUUGGAUCUUACUGCAGGCAGUAUGGUACAAUCAGGCUUGACGGAUGACCUAAGUCAAAAUGCCAAUGUUUCCCGUCAAGCUGAUAAAAAGAAUUCAUCGCGCACCCCACGAAAACUGGGAACUCGAGGCUUACAAUUUGAUGAUGACGAUGAAGAACCCAUCGAGGAGCAUCAAGUACACUCCGCCAAAUUGGACGAGCCGGUCACACCUUUGGGGCGAGUAAACUUCAAAAAAUUGAGCAAAGACAAAGCGCAAAGGCUGAAGGAAUUCUCGGAACCCAACAAAGAACCAAGCACUUCAACUCCCAAUGAAUCUCUUCAGCUGGCGAUCCCUGAAAUGGUCGCAUUUCAGCAGCCUACUCCAGACGCGAAUAAAUCCGAGGAAAAAGAAGAUGAUGCUUCUGCUUUUGAAGACGAUAGUGCAACUGAAGAUCAAAAACUGGACGAAGACAGAGACUGGUAUAACCACGAUGAUGAUUAUGGUAAUGAGGUUUUUGACACGCAAGACAUUAAUGAGAAAGAACAGUGGGGAAAUGGAGAUAAGUCUAUGACAAGAAAAAAAUUGGGAAAUCGCAAAGACACUCAUUCUCAGAUUCAUUUGUCAACGAUGUCUUUAAGUCAGAGACAAGAUUUUUUACCUCCAUUUCUGCUCAAAUAUGCGAAAGAUCCUGCAGCUUUUGCCAGUAUUGGUGGGCUUAUCGCCUCCCAAAACUCGUCAGAUCGCAGAGUCAUAGACUCGAUCCGAAAUGCUGAAAGUGAUUUUUCCGUCAAUGCUAAAAAGGGCAGCCGCCUUGUUGCAGAAAGACGUAAUAGAGAAGUGCACAAGUCAAAAAUGCAAGAAACGGCUGAGCUUAAGGGAACAGCUAUGGGUCAGGUUAUAGGACUUAAAGAAACCGGGAAGGAUUCUGCAAGAAGUGACCCAGAAACCCCAGACCAAGCUCAACAUUCAGAGUCUUUCGAGCAAAUUCAAGCAGCGAGAAAGUUACUUCCGGCUUACAAGGUCAAAUCCGAGCUUCUUCGAAUUAUAAGAGAUAAUCAAGUUGUUAUUGUCAUCGGAGAAACAGGCUCAGGGAAAACCACGCAGCUGGCCCAAUUCUUGAAAGAAGAUGGCUACUGUAAUGAUGGCCAGAGCAUCGGCUGUACACAACCUCGACGUGUCGCUGCUAUGUCAGUGGCGACAAGAGUUGCAUUGGAAAUGGGGGUCAAGCUGGGUCAUGAAGUAGGGUACUCCAUUAGAUUCGAAGACAAAACUUCGCAUCGCACCAGGAUUAAGUUCAUGACAGACGGUAUACUUUUAAGAGAAACUCUCAUGAGCAGCAUGCUGGACAAAUACAGCUGUAUUAUAAUGGAUGAAGCACACGAGCGUUCGUUGAACACGGACAUCUUGUUCGGUAUCUUUAAAAAUUUGCUUUCAGCUCGCAGGGACCUGAAGCUUAUUAUAACAUCUGCUACUAUGAACGCGGCUAAAUUCUCUCAAUUUUUUGGUGCUGCACCUUUGUUCACCAUCCCUGGUCGGACGUUUCCAGUUCAGACGGUUUUUUCUAGGCAUCCUGUUAGUGACUACGUUGAGUCAGCAAUAGUUCAAGCCAGUAAAAUUCACCUUUCUUUCCCCAUUUCAAGUGGUGACAUUCUCAUCUUUAUGACAGGUCAAGAGGACAUUGAAGCAACUUGCGAAGGGUUACGCGAGAAACUCACUGGGAUUUACGCCAAAAAAAAGUCAAGAGGUUCCGAGGCCGAAGAACUCGAUGAUAUUGACAUUUUGCCGAUUUAUUCUGCUUUGCCUGCGGACGUUCAAGGUCGGAUUUUCAACUCGACGCCAAAUAAGCGAAAAGUGGUUGUCGCUACAAACAUCGCCGAAACUUCGUUGACCGUAGACGGCAUCAAGUAUGUUAUUGAUUGUGGCUACUCAAAGUUAAAGGUAUACAAUCCUCAGAUUGGUUUAGACAGUCUUCAAAUGGUGCCUAUAUCAAUGGCUAGUGCCAAUCAACGAUCGGGAAGAGCGGGACGCACUGGUCCGGGCAUUGCAUAUCGGCUAUACACGGAGGACUCUUUCUUUGACGAUAUGUAUGUUCAAACGAUACCGGAAAUACAAAGAACGAAUCUGUCCAACACUCUGCUCCUGCUGAAGUAUUUGGGAUUCAGCGAUCUGAUAUCCUUUCCCUUCGUCGAUCCACCACCGGAACAGAUAACAAUCUCCUCUCUUUUUGAAUUGUGGACUGUCGGUGCCCUUGACAAUUUCGGCGAAUUGACGAAGCUUGGCAGACAGAUGGCCGCGUUUCCAUUACAACCACCAUUAUCAAAGAUGUUGUUGAACGCCUCCAUGAGUGGAUGCAGUGAAGAGAUUCUCACGAUCGUGUCUAUGCUUUCUGUACCCCAGAUCUUCUAUAGACCAAAGGAACGGCAGGAAGAGUCAGAUCAGGCACGGGCACGGUUUUUCGUGCCUGAAUCAGAUCACCUCACUUUACUUAAUGUCUACGCUCAGUGGAAAGCAAAUAACUAUUCUGCAAGCUGGUGUAGGCGCCAUUUUCUGCAAUUUAAAUCCUUACAGAGGGCAAAAGACAUUCGCGAGCAGCUAACAGUUUUAAUGGAGAGGAAAAAUGUACCUCUUGUUUCGUCAGGUAGCGACUGGGAUGUUAUCAGAAAAUGCAUUUGCUGCGGGUAUGCUCACCAAGCUGGCAGGCUUUCAGGUUUAAGUAAAUACGCACACUUGAGAAAUGGUCUAGAAAUGCGUGUUCAUCCAGCAAGUGCACUUUUUGGUGCAGGAGAUUUGCCCUCAUACGUGGUUUACCACGAAAUGCUACUUACAACCAAUGAAUAUAUCAACAUGGUUACUGCUGUGGAUCCCCUCUGGCUAAUUGACUACGGAUUGCUGUUUUACAAUAUUAGUCGGAGAAAAGAAGAAGAGGAAGAUCAAGGUUUGUACGCCGAUGAGAGUCCUCGAAGUUUAAAAGACAGCAUUGAUUUGGCAAUAGAGCGCGCUUUGAUGAAGAAAGAAAUAGUAAAACGACAACUCCUGAAGGACAGAGACAUGGCGACCGUUGAAUGUGAAAAAGAACCUUUUGGUGGAAAAGUGCAAAGCGCUAAAGAAGAGCCCAAGGCGAAAGUCGGUUUCAAAAGGAGGCGACCGUUUUAG